GCAGGCAUUAAAAAGGAUUUUGUACUUGUAAGCGAUUUUGACAUUAAAAAAUCAGUUCAUAGUAAUUUGGGAAAAGUUGAAGUUGUGUUGGUUGUAUUCAUGGACGAAUGGAUUCUUAAAUUUUUAAUUGUUGCACGAUUCAAUGAUGAUUGGAUUAUUGAAAAUGAUUCCUAUUCAAUAACUCCUUCAACGGCGCAGUACAAUUUGUUCAAAGAAGCACAAGAAGUGAGAUGUAGAAUCAUUUCACAGUUGUGGAUGGAAAGCCAAAUGUAA